GUCGAUAAUUGUUUUACGUAUUGCUACGUUUGCAUUUGCUGUUUUAAAACGCAGGAGAAGUUCAACCACUCUUUGAGCAGGAUGUCAGCAAAGAAAAUUCCAGAGUUCGGGGGAGAACAGACUGCAGGGACAGAGACACAAGCAUCCGCCGAGAGGAUGGAACCUGCUGCCAAAUUAAAUCAGAUUACAGAAGAGAUUGAGGGGGAAGAUAUACUCGACCGCUUACUGGAGAUGGUAACUACAAUGCUGGGAGAAACACCCAACACUUCGACACCUCCUCUUUCUGCUGUCCCUGCUGAGCCAGGGUUCAACAGCUACCUUCAGGCAUUGGAAAGUCCAGUGGGAAGUCCGAGCGAUGUAUAUCCUGUCUACACCACCUUGGAAACAGUUCCACACAGUUUUGAGCAGCCAUGGAUGUCUGAUCCCAGUCAGGCUGCUCCCAGUUUCUAUCAACAGCCACUGUAUGAUGAAAAUAUGAUGCACUCAGGUGGUCACCUGUGCAACCACACAGGUGCCCAAAGCCAAGAACAGUACCUGCCACAUCAGUGGCCUGAAUACAACGUCCCAGGACCAGCAGCCAUCAGUGCCCCUCCACAACCAGAUUUGCCAGUUAACCUGCCUGCUGUUGGAGUAGUGAAAGGAAAGAUGGUGUAUGAGCUUCCACCAGGAAUGUUCCUCACUACUUUUCAACCUACUGCUCCUCCACAGAACACCUCCAUGUCACAAAAAAAGAAGCAUGAGAGGUGGCAGGAGGAUGAUCGGACAUAUGUUAAGAAGCCGCCUAACGCCUUCAUGUUGUACAUGAAAGAGCAGAGGCCAAAAUUUCACGCCACAAUGGACACCACAGUGGACAGUGCGACAGUCAAUGCUAUCCUUGGACAAAGAUGGAAAUCACUAACCAAGGAGGAGCAGGCCAAAUAUUAUGAAGAGGCGAACAAAGAAAGGCUGCACCACGCUGAACAAUUUCCAGAGUGGUCGUCCAGUAACAAUUACGGCAAGAAGAGAAAGAGGAUAAGGAGAAAGGCUUGCUGCCAGCGCUGAAGUGUCCCAUCUGAACCCAAGAGGUCACUCAACAAAGACUGACCCAACUCUCUUUUCUCUCUCCUCUCCUAAACCCCCGACUCCCUCCUCACAGAAGAACCCAGUUUUUUUGUGAGGCAGCAUAUUAUCAUGUCCAGUGCUUGAAGCUUGAAAAAAAAAAAAAGUGGGAAAAAAUAAUUUCCAGUACUCCCUUUAUGGCGUGUAUGUCAGCUGGUAUUAGCAAAUGAUUAUGUAUAACAUUCUGAAUUUCUAGAAUGAAUAAAAGAUACCAGAAUAUA